CUUUAAUGAACACAGUACCUUCUAUAAAACCACACUGGCUUUAAAUAAACCCCGUUAAAUCCCCCUUUUCUGUAGUGAACUGUGAAUAUAAAGAGAUCAUAAAGCCCUGAAAUAAAGAGGUCCAGAAAUAAUCCGGACACAGAGACAUAAGUGUUGUAUUAGAGCUAGAGAAAUGUAGAGCUAUAACGUUUCUUUAACAGUACAGAGGGGGUGCACCGUUCCCGGAGGUACUGCAAUACCGGGUCGAUGCGUGGAGUGGACGGAGCAAGCCCCUAUUCCAUCUCCCUGCUCCAAAAAUCAAUUUAAUAUAUGGUCCCCGGGUAGGGGACGUAUCAGAUAUUAAACUGAUAAGAACAGAUACUACACUUGAUCUUAGCCAAAAGGCCGAGAAGCGAUACCGACAACUGCAGACAAGAAACGGUGUCAUUCUACACAAGUGUAAACACGAGGACGGUCAACAUGAGCAUGACUGGUACUCUAGAGAAGGGAGCUGUCCACCUGGCCCUUGACCUCUCUGAGGAUCUCCCACCAAACCACCACCAACAGGUUCAUCUCAAGCACAGCGGCUCCACGGAUUCCACGUCUGCAGCUGGGACUCUCAACAGCGACUCCGGGGUGGUGGUGCCUCCUCCGUAUUCUGCACCAGUGGCUGAAAGUGGUGAGGCUCCCCUUGAGCUGAGGGGCUCUCUGGACUGUUGGGCAUGUUCUGUACUCGUUACAGCCCAGAACCUGGUGAUAGCCACUAUUAACAUGUGCCUGGCUGCAUUAGUGUUCGGCCUGAUCCUCACUCCUGUCAUAGUUAUGGUGGUGUUUGGAUUUCUGUGCCACUCCACUGUGCGUCCACAUGGCACAUCACCCUAUUGUUCAGACCUGCUGAGUGACGGAGGCUGUGUGGCUUUGUUAAUUGUGGGAUUCCUGCUCGUCACCCCACUGCUUGUUCUGGCAUUGGCUGCAUACUGCAGACUGGCUCGUCACCUGCAGCUCAACCUUUGUUUCAUCCCUUAUAGUCGUGCUGUCUACAAAAACAUGCCUGCCACAUACCAUUAUGGCCUGGGAGGAGGCUGCUGUGGACAAGACACAAAGAAGGGUAAAGUGUGGGUAUGACAGUGGAACUCGAU